UCUGUGGUGUUCAGUGCAAAAGGUUCUCCGGGUGGAGCACGCACGCCCACCUCCAAGCAAGGCAGGAGGGACACUUUGGGUACAAUUUUGCAGGCAGAACCCUCACCAGAAGGUAGCUCAGUGCAGUAGCUCGAGGCCACUCUGGACGUCUGGUAAUCAAGUCUCAGUGACGCGAGUGCCGAUCAUUUGCCGUAGACCAUCCUGGAAGAACAGCACUCCCGCGAAGGGUCUAGCAGGAAGAUGGAUUAAAAUGCCUCGGGAGCCGUUUUCAAGUGACGGCUCACGAGAUCACACAACAUGAAGAUGGUAAAGUACGGAAGGAAGAAAUGGACAAUCCUCUGGACGGGCGUCAUUUUUGCCAUCCACCUCAAUUUCUACUGUGCUGUGGCUGAUGGAAAUAUAGGCUGUCUAUUUGCUGAGUCUCUCUGCGAGGAGCAACUGGAGUGGUGUUACGAUGAUUUCGCUUUCGGAGUCUGCCUCCCCAAGUAUGGAGUGCAACCUGAACAACUGACCCGACAGCCGCUCACGGAGGAGCAAUCCGGGCUCCUGGCCACGAUGCUGGAGGAGCUCGAGGGCGCCGGCUUGACGUGGGAUCACCCAUUCGUACAGUGUCGCAUUCAAGGAGCUCUGUACGCCCUCCGCAAUGACGCCCCGAUGCCCCACAAUCUCUGCGCCGGACUCACGCCCGAUCCUCAGAUUCUCGACCCUCAGAGUCCCCUGGCAUUUGUUCGAUUCUCCCCGCCCUCGGAAACCUUCGCCGACGAGGUGUACUUCCCUCCACCCAAGAAAAACAUCCAACCCAGAAAUCAAUUGGAUAAUCCGUCAUUUGAGUCGCCAAGCGUACGAGAGAAGUCCAAUGCGGCAAUUGAUCCGAGAGUUGUGGAUGAGCUGAGUGAGGAAAUCCUCAAGGAGUUGCUGGCAGAAGAACAGGAGAGAAUCGAGACAGCACGCACUCGACAUCAUGCCCAAAAUCAUGAAAAUCCCCUCGAGAAUAUCAACAGAUCCCAUUUCAAGGAAAAUGACGAUAUUUUAAAGGAGGAGCUGCUAAAUGAGCCGGAGCAGCGUGAAAGGGUGAAUUACCACUAUGGGAUACCAACAACAUCAUUCAGAGAAGUGGCUAUGAAUAGAAAUAUCCCGGAAGUUUACUUCUACGACACAGAAGAUGAGGAGAGCAAUGAGUUGCCCCCCGAAGUACUUUACUCUGGUCUACAUCAGAUGCCAAUUGGAAAAUAUAUGGGCAGCGUUCGUCGCAAGGGUGAACCAGAGGAGAAUCGUAAAAACUAUCCCGGGAGAGAGUCUCGCGUCUACACUGAGGGAGGUGUUGUUUAUUUACCAGAAAAAGGCAAUCAGGAGCAGUAUGUUGCAGAUGGGGAGGAUAAACAGCAAACGAGAGAUCUCUUGGCAAACAUGCUGGGAUUCACGCGACAUGAGCGUCUGGAUGUGAAGAAACCCGGACCACCUGCGGCUCCGCCACCGUCCAGCCAGAGUCCUCAUGAAGCACCCAAGCUACCAGUCGCCCAAGGCAACAAGGAAGUGCUACCGGCUCACUUUAUGGUGGAUGAGAGUCCGAAAAUCAAGAAAGUCCUGCACGAUGGCAAUGAUGACGAUCACGCACCACACUCAGUGGACAUGGAAUAUGCCCAUGUGAUCUUCAAGACCCCCAUCGACAACUGGCGCGAUGGAUCUCGCAUCGUGACAGCCCUGUCAGAGAUGUUACACAUGCAAAACUACUUCACUCACCCACGAGUUGACCGGCACGAGGUGUCCUUCCGUGUGGAGGCGAAUCCCGAGAAGAAGACCGCCGCAGACAUUGCCAGAGCCAUCAAUGAUAGUCGCGUGAGGAACAAUCUGUCCAGGCGACUGGGAGUUGUGGUGAUUCGCGCGGGUGUUGGCGACAAGACCAAGGAAGAUCCCAACGGUGGUGUGACCAGCUCAAAGGUCGUGGCCAAGGAAGAAGGACCCGAUGUGACUCACGUGAUGGCAUACAUGUUUGCCGGAGCGGGAGCUGCAGCGGUGAUUGUGAUUGUCAUCACACUCUUCCUGAUUAAGCGUCAUGACAGGAAGCGUGACAAACUUAGUGGGAUCAACUCGGGAUUGCCGCCAGACAGCUGCAGCAAGGAUUAUCAGGAGCUCUGCAGAGCACGAAUGGCCGGCAAAGGCAAUGACGGUGGCAAUGGAGGGCGUAUAACUUCGCUCUCCAAGGAGAAUGAGGGCCGCCCACCGUCUUCCAGGAGCAGCACAUCGUCCUGGAGUGAGGAACCGGUGACGAACAUGGAUAUCUCAACUGGACAUAUGGUUUUGUCUUACAUGGAGGAUCACUUGCGGAACAAGGGACGCUUGCAGAGAGAGUGGGAGGCCCUGUGUCGGUAUGAGGCCGAACCAAAUGCCCGAGAAGCUGCCCUGCAGAAGCAGUGCACACUUUUCAAUCGUACCGGAGCGCCGCUUCCCUUCGAUCACUCUCGCGUUGUCCUCAAUCACCUAUCAAAUGCUGACGGCCUGGACUACAUCAACGCCUCCACGAUCACCGAUCACGAUCCCAGAGCUCCGGCCUACGUGGCCGCACAGGGCCCCAUUCAGGCCACCAUCUCGCACUUCUGGCAGAUGAUUUGGGAGCAGGGCGCCGUGGUGAUCGUGGCUCUGUGCCGCCUCCAGGAGAACGGAGAGGCGGCGUGUGCUCGCUACUGGCCAGAGGAGGGGGCUCAGGUGUAUCACAUCUACGAGGUGCAUCUCGUGAGUGAGCACAUCUGGUGCGAUGACUACCUCGUGCGCUCCUUCUAUCUUAAGAACCUGCAGACAGGUGAGACGCGCACGGUGACCCAAUUCCACUUCCUCUCCUGGCCACUGACCGGCAUUCCCACAUCGGCCAAGGCGCUCCUCGAAUUCCGGCGAAAGGUGAAUAAAUCCUACCGCGGACGCUCAUGCCCAAUCGUCGUGCACAGCAGCAACGGCGCUGGUCGGACCGGAGCAUACAUUUUGCUCGACUUGGUCCUGGCGCGAAUGAACAAGGGUGCACGCGAGAUUGACAUUGCAGCCACGCUUGAGCACCUGCGUGACCAGCGCGCCGGCCUCGUGGCGACACGGCAGCAGUUUGAAUUUGUCCUGAUGGCGGUGGCGGAGGAGGUGCAUGCAAUCCUCAAGGCUCUUCCAACAGCAAAUGCACAAGACAAGAGGGACAUUGACAAAGAUGUGUUGAAGGAGCAUCCAGACACUGAGGAGAAGCCCAAGGAGGCGGAGAAGAAAGCUGAAAAGAAAUAGAUCAAUCUUAGUGAUUUUGCAUGCUGAAGAAUGUUGAAGAAAAAGGGGUGUUUAGUGAAUUUCCCUUAAGAGAUGUCUCGCUGGCAGGGAGUUAGCGAUCUACCAGCCAGAGAACUUUCCCCUGGCCAGAUGCAUGGGACACCUCUCGAGGGGAUCAUCUCACAUUGGGGGUUUUACACACUACUUUCCUUUCGUUUCUUUCCGUGUUGUGCGAUGAAGAAAAGACAUUCUUCGCCUUUUGUUCCAAAAACCCUUUUUUUCACACAAACUGUUCGAGCAACAUCAACAUAUUCAAUUGAAUCUUUCAAAUAUCGACUAUGCCUCAGGGUUUUUUGUAUCUUCAGCUCCAUUUCUCGCCCCUCAGCAUUAAAGUCUCUGUUACUUUGUAAUGUUAUAUCAAUUGGUUCCUCCUGAGAGGAAAUGCUUUGUCUUCUUCUCAGUUCAAUGAAUGAAAGAUGUGAUAACAUGCGAUUGUGAAUCAGGGAUUGUCAUUCCAAGAAGAAAGGAAUUUUGCUUCUCUCUUUACUUUUUUAGUGAGUAUUUUUCCUCCAAAAAAGGAAUAUAUAUAAAAGUAUAUUUUCAUAUGUUACAAGAGAAUAUUUCCAAAAAGAGAUUGAAAAAAAGAGAUCACUAAAUAUCAACAUAUUGCAAGUUAUAUUAUCCAAAUGAAAGAAAGAUAGAUCAAAGAGUAGCUGAGAGUAUAUAAACUUGUUAAGAAAAGAGAAGAUUUAAAGUCUAUUUAUUUUUCUGUCUGCAGAAUAUCAUAGAUUUUUACCAAAGAUACUUGAAUCAAAGAUUAUCAUAUACAAAGAGGAAAACAUUGAAAGGAAGCUUUAACAGACAAUCAGAGGAUCUAACACCAGCCUGUUACAGGUCAUCUGAUUCCUUUGUUGUGCUCACACACCUAAACCUUCUUACUUUUAGCAUAUCACAUAGUCUACAAACUUACGUUUCAAGGUUUCUCACCUCAAAAUCCAAAGAUAACACAGUAGUACACAAAUAGUUGGGAAUAUAAGUGCAAAAAUUAUGACUUCACUCAUGUUUUACGUUCAAAAUUUGUGAAGAAGAAAACCUGAGACAUGAAAAAAAUUUAAAAACGAACAGACUGAAUGUAAUUAUGAGAAAAUACAGUCUAUUGUAAAAUUGAUUUAUAAAUUUUUCCGUCUUACAAAAAUGUUGAUAAACAAUCAGAAUUUUUAUGAGAGGAGAGAGAGAGGCUUACAAUUCAUACUUUUCCCAAAAAAAUGAGAUAAGAAAGGAGAAUAAACGAAUGAAGAAUUUUUCUCUAUAUUUUUUGUGUUUUCUAUGCACUCCCAUGAGUUUUCUCACCAAACAGUCAUGAACACUUAGAGGAAAUAUUGAUGAAAAAAUGAAUCUGUAAUGACCUAAAUCUCUUCUUUAAAUUGAAGCACUAUUUGAGAAAAAAAAAGUAAAAAAAAAACAGAAAUAAAAAGUAUUGAAUUUUUGGAUUCCGUAUACAUUGUAAAAGAUAUGAAGAAAUAGAUUGAGGAAAGCUAUAUGUAUAUUAAACUAUACCUAAUCUACUUUAAAAAGUAAGAAUAUAUGACUGUAAUAUCUAUAUUUUUGUGUAUAAAUGUGCAAGGAAGGAAAAAAACCUAAUGGAAACAACUACUAAAGUUAAUCUCUUGGAAAAAACAACUAACUUAUUGAAAAUAUUACGCAUACACACAUAUUAAAAGUUAUUAAAAAAAAAUAUAUGAAUUAUCCAGAAGAAAGAUGAGAAUUUAAGAGGUAAAGGAAGAGGAAGAAAAUCAAUUAAUAAAUAUUAAACUCUGCAAACUAAUUCAAUGUUGUAAUUUAUGUUGUGGCAAAAUUAAAUUUUAACUGCAAAGCAUAGAAGUCAACAUUAUUGAUUUUGAUGAUGAUUCCAAAAGAUCGAGGAGAGAGAGAGUUUUGGUUUUUCAUUGUUCCAAUAUUCAUUCUAGUUUACUUUCAUAUCCACAGAAAUGCGAAAUGCUCUAGGCAGAGUAAUAAGAAAGAUUCCAAUUAUUAGUGUGGAUAACAUAUUGAGGUGCAUUUUUAGAGAUUCAUCCCAAAGAAUACAUUUUUGGACUUUCAACUUGAACUACAGUAUGACGAAUAUGUAAAACAAUAUAUAGAGGACAUAUAAUACAAUAGAAUUACUACAA